UUCAGACCUCAAGGACCAACACUGCAGCAAAGUCACUCAGAAGAUGAGUGAAUCAGGGAAGGUGGUGUGUGUGACAGGGGCUUCCGGCUACAUAGCCUCAUGGCUCGUCAAAAUUUUGCUACAACAUGGAUAUACUGUCAAAGCUUCAGUGCGCGACCUCAGUGAUCCUAAGAAAACAAAACACUUGGUUUCACUCGAUGGAGCUAAGGAAAGACUUCAAUUGUUCAAAGCAAAUUUAUUGGAGGAAGGAUCCUUUGAUUCUUUAGUUUAUGGUUGUGAUGGUGUUUUCCAUACAGCAUCACCAGUGGCAUUUACAGCCAAUGACCCACAGGCGGAGCUGAUUGAACCAGCACUUAAGGGAACACUAAAUGUUCUCAGGUCAUGCGCAAAAAGUCCUUCUCUUAAGAGGGUUAUCUUAACAUCUUCUAUGGCUUCAGUUGUGUUCAAUGGAAAAGCGCUGACACCUGAUGUUGUAGUUGAUGAGACAUGGCUCUCAGAUCCAGUUUUCUGUGAGAAGUCAAAGCUUUGGUAUAUGCUUUCAAAAACAUUAGCUGAAGAGGCUGCUUGGAAAUUUGCCAAAGAAAAUGGGAUUGAUUUGGUUUCACUCAACCCAGGUUUUGUGAUUGGUCCUUUGCUACAGCCAACUCUUAAUUUCUCUGUGGAAUUGCUUCGGAAUCAUAUAAUCGAAGCAAAAUUUCCCAACAUAAAUUAUAGAUAUGUUGAUGUUAGAGAUGUCGCAUUGGCGCAUAUUCAAGCAUUUGAAGUGCCUUCAGCUAGUGGAAGAUAUUGUCUGGUUGGACAUGUUGUCCACAUUUCUGAUGCCUUGAACACUUUACGACAAUUCUAUCCCAAUUCGAGUAUUCCUGACCAAUGUGGAGAUGACAAACCUCUGGUGCAAGGAUACCAAGUAUCAAAGGAGAAAGUAAAAUCUUUGGGAGUUAAUUACACACCUUUGGAAGUAACUCUAAAAGACACUGUUGAAAGCUUGAAGGAAAAGGGUUUCCUCAAACUGUGAUUAAAGUCAUUACUACUAAAUGAGAUAGAUCUAUCACUGGAUCCACUGCUUCGUGGCCUUGUAUAAUAACUAGGUACAUUUUAAGGACUCAAACCACCUAAUCUUCUACAUCCUUAAAACUGUAUUUUUCCUAUGUCAUUGGCUCAUUGCAUUGAAAUAAAAUGAAACAAUCAAAAUAAUGACUGUUAACAAAUGUAAAA